CUUCAUCAUCUUCUAAUCCCCAUUCUCCUCCCUCUUCUCCCUAUUCCUCUCUCGUUCCUACAUUCAGCAUGUGCUGAGCCAAUUGCUUGUCUGUCUUUCUUAUCUACAGUGUAUCUGCAUCGGCACUUCACAACCCUUGUUGAUUUCACCAACCGCACACCAACGACCUGUCCGUAAUGGCAUCGACCUCCGACUUCCUCCUGCAGAGCCCGCCCCUGCGGCCCUUUGAUCUGCGAUUCCACACCCGUCAUGAGUCUCCUGCCUUCUCCAUGCGGUCGUCGUCGCCCUCCGGAUCGGUCGGCCAGUCCUCACGGAUGUCGUCGGUAUCAAUCAAUUUCGACGAUGUCUUUGACUCGCUCCCGUCCGACGACCAGAACAGACUGCCGUGGGACGUCGUUCGCUGGACCAAGCUCCGCAAGCUGUCCUCCCAGGUCUACUCUGAAGCCGGCAAGAAUCAGUUCGGGCCCCCGACCUGCGUCGCCGUCGCUAGUACCGUCGCUAUAGGAACCGCAAAGGGACUCGUGCUCAUGUUUGAUUAUAAUCAGAACCUGCUCUGCGCUCUGGGAUCAAACAUCAACAUGUCGGCUGCCGGAGCAGUAACCUCGGUCGCUUUCUCCCACGAUCACACCUACAUCGCCUCUGGCCACGAGCACGGCCAUAUCUACGUCUGGCACAUCAAACGACCACUAGCAGCCCGCGUCCACAUCCUACCUUUCGAUCCUCAGAAACCUGACAACGGCAGACGCGACGGCCACGUUUACAACGCCAAGAUCCUGCACAUCGGAUUCAUGGGCAAGCGGCACUCCGUCUUCACCUCGGCAGACGACAAGGGCAUGGCUUUCUUGCAUGUCUCCACGCAGCAGAUUGUAGGAAAGCAGAUCAAAACGUCGCGGCUGGUGGGCAGAUACCCUUCACAAGUCGCAAAGAGUGAGACAGCCGAUCCGGCCCAGCGCCAGAAGAAAGCUACCUCGGUGCUCGCGUUCGCGCCAAUGCCCCUCGGAUCUUCCACCCAUCCACUCGAAUCACGGGGGCUCGUGGCCCUCAUGACACCGCAUAUCCUCGUCAUCAUCUCAACCAGCCCGUAUCCGCAAACUCGAUUCAAAGUCUCAAGGCCAAAGUCGAUCGCCGACACAAUGGGACUUAGUGGGUGUAUGGAUUGGUUUCCGGCCGUGUCGGGCCAGAACGCGGCAAAGGGGAAAAAGGGCAGAGCGAAGCAGCAGCCGACGACGUUUGGCGCGCAUAAUCUUAAUCCCCGGCUGGCGUACUGCUGGUCGAACGUCGUCACUAUACUUGAAGUCUCGGUUGCUGGAAGCGAGCGCUCGCAGCAGCAGCAGAUGGGAGGCGAAGAGAGUAUAAAAGAGGGUGUUCAGAGUUCAUCGGGUAGGAGUUCAAAUGGAAACGGAUCUACAUCAAGUAUGGAGUUUAUGCCGAUUAAGCAAUUUGUGGCCGACGAAGCUAUUGUCGCGCUUCGGUGGUUGAACUCACAGAUCAUCGUCCUCGUCACAAUCACACAGCGUCUCUUGAUUCUCAAUGAAGUAACCAUGCACGUCACAGACAUAGUGGACCUGGUCCCGCGACAAAUCAUGCGCCAUGACUACUUUUCUUCUCAGCUGAACGAGCUAGUUAUCAGAGGUGGCCAUGGAGGAGAGCAUUACGCCACUAUUCCUGAUGCCUUCUUUAACAGUUUUAGGACGUUCAAGGGCAGAGUAUUCUUAUUGGGCUCCUAUGAGUUUGCUGUUGGUCAUCUCUCAAGUUGGGCCGAACGCCUAGACUCAUUGAUUGAAUCCGAAAAGUUCGCAGAAGGCAUCCGACUCUCGACAAAGUACUACAAUGGCGAAGCAGACCAGGUCACCAUCGGCCUUCCCGAAGACGAGACCGCUCGACACGCCGCCGUCUACGACCGUCUUGUCGAAAGCGUUUUGACCGGCCUGCGAUUCAUCCUGGUAAACAGCGGAAGCAGCACGCCGAGCACGCCUACCACGAUCAAGGACGGCGGCACGGCCUCGAGCGUGAACGAGGAGCGGCAGCAGGAAGAAGCGGAUGCGCAGUAUCGACAGAUUGUGAAUAUUGCAGAGUCGAGCUUUGAUGCGCUGUACGCGGCCGAUGCGCUCGACGUACUCUUUGAGUCUGUGUAUGAGUACUUUGAGAACGCAAACCUGCGAGGGAUAUAUUUCGAGACCCUCGAGCCUUACAUUCUCACCGAGAAGAUCACGAUCCUGCCACCGAUGAUUGUCAAGGAGAUGAUCAACAUCUAUGCGUCGCUGGCGCUGAAUGAUCGGCUGGAGGAGAUCAUCUGCCAUCUUGAUACGCGGUCGCUUGACAUCGACCAGGUCACGAUGCUGUGCCGGUCGUACGAGCUCUAUGAUGCCUUGAUCUAUGUCUGGAACCAGGCGCUCGCGGAUUACAUCUCCCCGAUGGCGGACUUUGUUGCCUUGAUCGGGCGAUACAACGAUGCGGUCGCGGCGAUCGCAAACAACGACGGCGAGCAGGAAGAGGUGACGGAGGAAGGCGAGGUCACGAGUUUAGAAGACAAGCUUGAUCCGAUCGAGAUCCUGCGACGGAAUAUCUCUAAAGUCUACUCGUACCUGUCGUAUAUCUUCACCGGCAGGGUGUACCCCACCGGACAGUACAUCGAGAGCAUAGAAGCCGAGGACGCUAAGGCUUCGCUUUACUACUUUUUAUUCUUGGGAUCGACAAUCACCUGGCCGCGCGAGAACGGGACCGAGAUCGUGGUGAGCGAUAGCAGCGAUGAGAAGAAAGGGUCGACUGCGUUUCCGUAUCUCCGCCUGCUGCUAAAGUACGACGCGCCUGCAUUCGUCGCCGUCAUGAACGAGGCCUUUGAAGAUACUUUUCUCAACGGCGAAGACGACGACGACGAGUUUGCGGACGAGGAGUACGAGAAGCAUCGGAUGGAGCUGACGGACGAUGUUAUUUUCGGCCGCGCGCUGACGAGACAGUAUAUCGUCAACAUCUUGCUCGAGAUUCUGUCUGGGUCCGAGUUUAGCCCGAAGGAGACAAUCUAUCUGGACAUGUUUAUCGCGCGCACGACGGCAAAGUAUCCUCAGUUUAUCAAGCUCUCUGAGUCGAUGCUGAAGGAGGUCAUGCUCCGGCUGUGUUCUCCGCCUUCUCCUGAAAUCGCGGAUGACUGCCAGCUGAGCGUCGAGUACCUGCUGUCGGGAUACAAGCCCGACGAAGGAGUAGACGAGCUGGUGCGGAUGUUUGUGAAGGCGCGGUACUACCGUGUUCUGCGCUGGCUGUUCCGCAUCACGAAGCAGUACGGCCGUCUCGUGUCUGUCUUUUUCGAGGACUCUGAGCGCCGGGACGCGAGCGACGAGGUGUUUGGCACGAUCGAGAAUUGCCUCAAUUCAAGAUCCGAUCUGACUGAUGAGCAACGGCGUGAAGUGCGGGCGGCGAUCGCGACGAAUUACGCGAACCUGGUGCAUACGGACGCCACGCGCGCGAGCGAGAUCAUCGAGCAAUACAUGCCUGAGCUGCAUGGUCAGCUUUAUGAGAAGCUUCAGGAUAGACGAGAUCUGAUGUUUCGGUACCUGAAGGCGCUGUUUGCGCCCGAGCUGAAGGCGAUCAAGGAAGGCGUGCCGCUGGCGAGUCGACGGCACCGGGCGAAAUGGAACACGCAGCAGGCGCGGGAGACGUAUAUUUCGUUGCUGUGCGAGUUUGAGAAGAAUAAAGUGAUCAAGUUUCUGCGGUACUUGCAGAAAGGAGACGUGCGGUUGUCGAAAGUGUUGUCGGCGCUCGAGUCGGCGGGGGUGAUUGACGGUGAGAUCUUUUUGCUGAGAAGCGAGGGACAGUACGCGGAGAGUAUCCGGAGGCUUGUUGCGCAUCUGGAUUACUUGAAGAAUAAUAUCUUGGCGCUGUAUCCUGAUGUCGCGAGAGGGCGUAGCCGGAGUCGCGCUCGCAGCCAGUGGGUCCAUGUGGAUGAGAAGAAGCUCGCAGAGGUUGAGCGUGCGUUGCAGCAUUACGUUAUUCUCGGCACGAGACUCGAGGCUACUUCUACCCACGGCGGACCAAAGUUGACAGAGACGGAGGAGAUCUGGCUGGAUCUGAUCAACGCCGUGGUGGCGCUGACAAGGGAUGUGUCGACGGCGCUGUUCCCGGACAUUUCAGUAUUUGAAAAGAUGAGCCACUCAUCGUCGUACGAUUCUGCUACAAAGACGAUUCUUUUCCUCCGUCGACUGGUGCAGGAUGUAUUUUCUGCGCUGCUGGCGGCGACGUCGUCUGCUGCCUCGUCGAAGGGCCUUGGGUCGAUGCUGAGCGGCGGGAGUGCGACCAGCACAGCGACGUCGUUCCUGCGAAUUCUCGAGGCGUUUCUCGCGCGCACGGCGGCGGCCUCGCCUUCCGUGGUGGACCUGCGGAACGUGCUGGCGAACAUCUUCGAGGCGUACAUCUACGAGCGGCAGCUGCUUUCGCUGACGAACCGGCUGCUGUCGAAGGAUUUGAUGGUGCAUGUGUCGAGCGUGUACAAGCUGCGGCAGGAAGGGUGGCGGGUUAGUAGUCCUGCGUGCGAGAUCUGCGGGAAACGGUGCUGGGGCGCGAGCGUGGUUGAGAACGAGGCGGUGUUUGAGGCGUGGGAUCGCAAGCUGGAGGACGAUAAGCGGAAGCGGAAGGUGCGGUUUAGGUUGCCGGCGGGGAGUAGGAGUGAGGAGGAGUAUUAUGGACAUGCGUCGCCGGGCGGGGAAAGUGACACGGAAGAGGACGAGAGGAGAGGACGCGGGGGGCAAGCUAGGUCGCAGCACCAUCAGCACCAUCAUCAUAACGCGGGUUCGCGACACGCCAGCACGGGGGAUUCGCGGAGCGGGAACCAGAGCGUGUCGAGUUCGUACUCGAAGAGCGCGGAGCAAGGACGCUGGCAUCAUCAUUCCGGGGCGGGGUUUGUGGGAGAGCAGCAGUACGCCGGGGAGGACGAGAGCGAGAGUAGUUCGCCGCGGGGAGGUCGAGGCACGGGCAAGACAGUUCUGGUGCGGGUGGGCGACGCUGUGCCGUCUGAUUCACCUGCAGCAGCGCUGGGCGAGGGUCUUGAUCUCGAUAACCUGACGCUGACGCCGGAGCAGUAUCAGCCGCCGACGAUGAUGCAGCGGGCGGGGAAGAGUGCGGGGGGGACGAAGCAGCAGGCGGAGAUCGACUCGCUGGUGAUGUUUAAGUGCAAGCAUAUCUAUCACAAGAAGUGUCUUGAGCGGUUGCUGGAGUUGAACAAGAACGGGGACGGAGGGGGGUGGAUGGCGGCGCGGAAGGUUGGGGAGGGGUAUCGGUGUAUUAUUUGCGAGUAG